GGCCCCGGCGCGGGCGCUGCACAACGUCACGGCCGAGCUCUUUGCGGCCGAGGCCUGGGGCACUCUGGCGGCCUUCGGGGACCUCAACUCCGACAAGCAGACGGACCUCUUCGUGCUGCGGGAAAGAAAUGACUUAAUCGUCUUUUUGGCAGACCAGAACGUGCCCUAUUUUAAACCCAAAGUAAAGGUGUCUUUGAAGAAUCACAGUUCAUUGAUAACAAGUGUGGUCCCAGGAGAUUAUGAUGGAGAUUCACAGAUGGAUGUGCUUCUCACUUAUUUUCCCAAAAAUCACGCCAGCAGUGAACUGGGAGCUGUUAUCUUCUGGGGACAGAAUCAAACAUUAGAUCCUAAUAAUAUGACCAUACUCAAUAGGACUUUUCAAGAUGAACCACUAAUUAUGGACUUCAAUGGUGAUUUAAUUCCUGAUGUCUUUGGCAUCACAAAUGAAUCCAGCCAGCCACAGAUACUAUUAGGAGGGAACUUGUCAUGGCAUCCCGCAUUGAACACUAAAAACAAAAUGCGGAUUCCUCAUUCUCAUGCAUUCAUUGAUCUUACUGAAGAUUUUACAGCUGAUUUAUUCCUCACGACAUUGUCUACUUCUAAUACCUUCCAGUUUGAGAUAUGGAAAAAUUUGGAUGGAAAUUUUUCACUCAGUACUGUGUUUGAAAAACCUCAAAAUAUGAUGGUAGUUGGACAGUCAGCAUUUGCAGACUUUGAUGGAGAUGGACACAUGGAUCACUUACUGCCAGGCUGUGAAGAUAAAAACUGCCAAAAAAGCGUCAUCUAUUUAGUUAAAUCUGGAACAGAACAGUGGGUUCCAGUGCUUCAGGAUUUCAGCAAUAAGGGAACACUCUGGGGCUUUGUACCAUUUGUGCACGAGCAGCGACCUGCUGAAAUCCCAAUCCCAAUCACCCUUCAUAUUGGAGACUACAACAUGGAUGGCUACCCUGAUGCUCUUGCCAUCCUGAAGAAUACGUCUGGAAGCAAUCAGCAGGCCUUUUUGCUGGAGAAUGUCCCUUGUAACAAUGCAAGCUGUGAGGGGGCGCAUCGCAUGUUUAAAGUCUACUGGGAGCUAACGGACCUAAAUCAAAUCAGAGACGCAGUGGUUGCCACCUUCUUUGACAUUUACGAAGACGGAAUCUUGGACAUUGUAAUACUAAGCAAAGGAUAUACAAAGAAUGAUUUUGCCAUCCAUACACUAAAAAAUAACUUUGAAGCAGAUGCUUAUUUUGUUAAAGUCAUUGUUCUUAGUGGUCUCUGUUCUAAUGACUGUCCUCGUAAGAUCACACCCUUUGGAGUAAAUCAGCCUGGACCUUAUAUUAUGUAUACAACUGUAGAUGCAAAUGGGUAUCUGAAAAACGGUUCAGCUGGACAACUCAGCCAGUCAGCACAUUUAGCUCUUCAACUGCCAUACAAUGUGCUUGGGUUAGGUCGAAGUGCAAAUUUUCUUGAUCAUCUUUACGUUGGUAUUCCCCGUCCAUCUGGAGAGAAGGCUAUACGAAAACAAGAGUGGACUGCAAUCAUUCCAAAUUCCCAGUUAAUUGUCAUUCCAUAUCCUCACAAUGUUCCUCGGAGCUGGAGCGCCAAGCUGUACCUCACACCAAGCAACAUUGUCCUGCUCACUGCCAUAGCACUCAUUGGCGUCUGUGUCUUCAUCUUGGCAAUCAUUGGCAUUUUACAUUGGCAGGAAAAGAAAGCAGAUGAUAGAGAAAAACGGCAAGAAGCCCAUCGGUUUCAUUUUGAUGCUAUGUAACAUGUCUUUAACAUUACAUAACGGAGCUUCUAUUCACUUGAUUAACUGAAGCACUAAAUCUGGCUUGUAGAUGAAAAUAGGGGAUUUUGGAUAUUAUUUAUAAAUGAUGCAUCCUUCAGUAAUUAUUGGAAAGUAUUCAAAUAAAUAUGGCCUGAAUGUAUCACAAGAUCUUUUUUUAAAGCACUUUGUAUACAAUAAUUUGGGUUCUUUAUUCAAUUGUGCUGUACACUUUUGUUUCUUUGUGGAAUGUGUUGCAUGUACUCAGGUGUUUACAUAUUUAUAAUCUUAUUAGAAUAAUGAUGAUGGGGAAAGACAUGUAAAUAAAAAAUAUUUAAAUGAACAGGGUUUUCUGUGUUCCACUUGAAUUAGUCUUGCUUCUUACUCAAUGAUGCAAAUUAUACUUUGUGAAUGUAUCACAGAUACGGUUAUUAACCACUCACCUUCAUCAUAGCAGGUCGGGGCCCCUCACUCACGGCACUGGAUGUAAUGACCAGGUACUCUGGCUUGGGAAUCAUAUAUCAGACAGACUGGCCUUAAACUUCUGGCUCCACCAAUUAGAAUUGUUGGGACGGGCUAGUUGCUUAACUUCUGUAAGCCUCAGUUUUCCUGUUUAUCCAAGGGAGCUAAUAAGUUCACUGAGUCACUGUAAGUAUUAAAUAGAAUAGUGUAGGUAAGGGACUUGCAUGGUGCCUGGCACAGAGUAAGUGGCCAGUACAUGGUAGUUGUCAUCAUUGCUGUUUUUAGAAAACUUUUUACAGACUCUACAACUAAUUAUCAAAAUAUAUAGACUUGGGACAACUUUAUUAGGCCAAAGGAAAUCAUAUUCUUUGGAAAACCUAAAUUCUUGGUAGUUGACAAUUUAGAUAAUGAUUGCUUGCUUGUGACUUAAAAAAAAACCCUCCAAGAAUUAACAUGCCCUAAAAUUUUUCAUUUGAAUACUGACACGUGAUAAUGAAGAGUUUGAUUUGUUGAAAGGAUUCUGCUGCAGAUAGCAUCUGGCAACGCAAAUCUUUCAUCACAUUUCUAUUCUCAAAAUCUUGUAGGAGUCUAUAAUUUACAUUCAGAGUUCAAUGCAAAUUUUUAUGAACUUGACCUUGCCAAAAAGUUACUUUUAGACUUAAGUCUAAGAUUGGAGGAAAAGAAGCUUUCACAUCAGUGUUAAUAAUUUUCUAAUAUGCAAAUGGAUAUGUGAUGCCGUAAAGCAUAAAACUUACCUGAAACUGUUUUGUUGUCUGUUAUUUUCUUCGCAGUUCUCUAAGGAUGGCAUGUGUAAUAGUGGUUACUUUGUGUAUCUAAGCAUGUUAAUGUCUUAAUAAAUUUAUUGAAACAAAG